UUUCUUUUCCGCUAUUUAUUUUGUCUGAUACCUUUGUUUCCUCCGCUUCCUAUCUCUCUCUCUCUCUCUCUCUCUCUCUAACCCCAAGAAGAAACCCUUCGCUGUGUGUAUAAAUAGAAGCCUGAGCGAGAGAGAGGAGAGAGAAAAUUCAUAGGAAGAGGAGAGAGAGAGGGAGGGAGGGAGGGGGAGGGAGAGCAGUGAAACGACCUGUGUUUGUUCUUGUCUUCGUCCUGCUCUUCUGUAAAUCUGCGGAUCUGUCCUGUCGAUAUCGCUGUCAAUUUCACUCAGGGAUUUCUGCUAGUUUCUCUGGCGGCGGUUGAUUUCUGGGGGUUUGGAUCUUCGAGGCGGGUUUGGUCAGCUCCGGGGAGCUCCAACAUGUCCUCUCUUAGCAGAGAACUCGUGUUUCUCAUACUUCAGUUUCUCGAUGAGGAGAAAUUCAAGGAGACUGUUCACAAAUUGGAGCAAGAGUCGGGGUUUUUCUUUAACAUGAGGUAUUUCGAGGAAACGGUGACAAAUGGGGAGUGGGAUGAGGUGGAGAAGUACCUUUCAGGUUUCACAAAGGUUGAUGAUAACCGAUACUCCAUGAAGAUCUUCUUUGAGAUACGAAAGCAGAAGUACCUUGAAGCUUUAGACAAACGGGAUCGGGCAAAAGCUGUGGACAUUUUAGUGAAAGAUUUGAAGGUGUUUUCAGCUUUUAAUGAAGAUCUUUUUAAAGAAAUUACCCAGCUCUUGACUUUGGAAAACUUCAGAGAUAACGAGCAGCUAUCUAAAUAUGGGGAUACUAAAUCUGCUAGAGCUAUAAUGCUUAAUGAACUGAAGAAGUUAAUAGAGGCAAACCCCCUGUUUCGCGAUAAGCUUCAAUUUCCUAGCUUGAAGAACUCUAGACUGAGGACACUAAUUAAUCAGAGUUUAAAUUGGCAGCAUCAGUUGUGCAAGAAUCCAAAGCCUAAUCCUGACAUAAAGACCCUGUUUGUAGACCAUAGUUGUGGACAGCCAAAUGGUGCGCGGGCCCCAUCCCCUGUCACAAAUCCAUUGAUGGGUGCUGUUCCUAAGCCGGGGGUUUUCCCUGCUCUAGGUGUUCAUGGUCCUGCACCAGCUCCUAUGCCAACACCUCUUGCUGGGUGGAUAUCUAAUCCGUCUCCUGUGCCUCACCCGGGAGCUUCUGCGGGGCCCAUAGGUUUGACUGCACCUAAUAAUGCAGCUAUUUUAAAGCGUCCUAGAACACCUCCUACCAAUAACCCAGCCCUGGACUAUCAGACUGCAGAUUCUGAACACGUGCUGAAGAGACCAAGACCCUUUGGAAUAUCAGAUGAAGUUAAUAAUCUGCCUGUUAAUAUUCUUCCUGUUGCAUACCCCGGUCAGAGCCACGGUCAAAGUUCAUAUUCUUCUGAUGACUUACCCAAGACAGUUGUUAUGACUCUUAGUCAGGGUUCUUCUGUCAGGAGUAUGGAUUUCCACCCAGUGCAACAAAUUCUACUGCUUGUUGGAACAAACAUGGGUGACUUCAUGUUAUGGGAUGUUGGUAGCCGGGAGAGGCUCGUGAUGAGAAAUUUCAAAGUUUGGGAACUUGGAUCAUGUUCAAUGGCUCUGCAGGCAUCUCUGAAUAAUGAUUAUGCAUCAAUUAACCGUGUGAUGUGGAGUCCUGAUGGCACCCUUUUUGGCAUUGCAUACUCCAAGCACAUUGUGCACUUAUACUCCUACCAAGGUGGUGAUGAUCUACGAAAUCAUCUUGAGAUUGAAGCUCAUGUUGGUAGUGUCAAUGAUCUUGCAUUCUCUUAUCCAAACAAGCUGUGUGUUAUCACCUGUGGGGAGGACAGGGUCAUUAAGGUGUGGGAUGCAGUCACUGGUGCUAAACAGUAUACUUUUGAGGGUCAUGAAGCACCAGUAUAUUCUGUUUGCCCUCAUCACAAGGAAAAUAUUCAGUUUAUUUUCUCAACAGCAACUGAUGGGAAAAUAAAGGCAUGGUUGUAUGAUAACAUGGGUUCAAGAGUUGACUAUGAUGCACCAGGUCAUUCAUCUACAACAAUGGCAUACAGUGCUGAUGGAACAAGGUUGUUCUCAUGUGGGACUAACAAAGAAGGAGAUUCAUUCAUUGUGGAAUGGAAUGAAAGUGAAGGAGCGGUAAAGCGCACAUAUCAUGGUCUUGGGAAGCGGUCUGUGGGGGUUGUGCAGUUUGAUACUACUAAGAAUCGGUUCUUGGCUGCUGGUGAUGAGUUCAUGAUUAAAUUUUGGGACAUGGACAAUGUGAACUUAUUAACAACUACUGAUGCAGAUGGUGGACUGCCAGCUUCUCCUUCUAUUCGAUUUAACAAGGAAGGGAUACUGCUGGCUGUUUCAACAAAUGAUAAUGGUAUAAAAAUUCUGGCAAACACAGAUGGUAUGAGGCUGCUACGAACUAUGGAGAAUCGUUCAUUUGAUGCUUCUAGGAUUGCUUCUGCAGCUGUUAUGAAGGCCCCUGCCAUCAGCUCAUUUAGUGCUGCUAGUGCAACUGUUGGGACAAGCAUUGGAGAUCGCCCUGCUCCGGUGGCUGCCAUGGUUGCAAUGAACAGUGAUAGCAGAAAUUUGGUUGAUGUAAAACCCAGAAUUGCUGAUGAGUCUGGAGACAAAUCUAGGAUUUGGAAAUUGACAGAAAUCAAUGAACGAUCACAAUGUCGUUCCUUGAAGCUCCUUGAUAAUUUAUCAGCAAUGAGGGUUUGUAGGUUGAUUUAUACGAACUCUGGAGUUGCCAUAUUGGCACUGGCAUCUAAUGCAGUACACAAGCUCUGGAAAUGGCAGAGAAGUGAUAGAAAUUUAACAGUAAAGGCGACAACUAGUGUAGCACCACAACUUUGGCAACCUACCAGUGGAAUAUUAAUGACAAAUGAUAUAAGUGACACAAAUCCUGAAGAUGCUGUUCCAUGCUUUGCCCUUUCAAAGAAUGAUUCUUAUGUUAUGUCAGCUUCAGGAGGGAAAAUCUCUUUAUUCAAUAUGAUGACAUUCAAGACUAUGACAACAUUCAUGCCCCCACCACCUGCUGCAACAUUUCUGGCAUUCCAUCCUCAAGAUAAUAACAUUAUUGCCAUAGGCAUGGAGGACUCCUCUAUCCAAAUAUACAAUGUUCGGGUUGAUGAGGUUAAAACAAAGCUUAAAGGACAUCAGAAAAGAAUUACAGGUCUUGCCUUCUCCCAUGUUUUAAAUGUGCUCGUAUCAUCAGGAGCUGAUUCUCAGCUAUGUGUUUGGAGCACAGAUGGAUGGGAGAAGCAGUCAAGCAAAUUCUUGCAGAUUCCAAGUGGUAGAGUGGCUGCUGCACUUGCAGAUACCCGUGUUCAAUUUCACCAGGAUCAGAUACAUUUACUAGCAAUUCAUGAAACACAGAUAGCCAUUUAUGAAGCACCGAAACUAGAAUGCCGCAAGCAGUGGGUUCCUCGGGAAGCCAGUGGUCCAAUUACACAUGCUACAUAUUCCUGUGAUAGCCAGUUAAUAUAUGUUAGCUUUGAAGACGGGAGUGUGGGUGUUCUAACAGCUUCAACACUAAGAUUGAGAUGUCGAAUAAACCCCACGUCCUAUUUACCUCCCAAUCCAAGCUUGAGAGUGUACCCACUUGUCAUUGCGGCACAUCCAUCCGAACCCAGUCAGUUUGCAUUAGGACUCACCGACGGUGGAGUCUAUAUACUUGAGCCAUUAGAAUCAGAGGGUAAAUGGGGCACCUCACCUCCAACAGAAAACGGUGCUGGAGCAAGCUCUACUUCUGGUGCUGCCGGUUCUGAUCAAAGGUAACAAACCAAUGGGCAUUCCUUUUGCCAAAGGCCAUGCGCAUACCUCUUCCUUGUGACCUGGUCCUGUCAUAAUUGUAUUUCAGGUAAGGUUUUGGAAUUUAGGGUAUUAUAGUGGUAGCACAAUUGAACUCAAAAACCUGGUAAGAGUUCAUUCAAAGUGGCACCAAUGGCAUCAUGAUCAUUUUGUGGCCGAGGAAUGGUGCUAUGGUUUUGCUUCCUUCUAGGAUGAUCGCAGGGGUAUGAAUUGUGGUGUAAAUUUGGGAGAGGCAGCGAAGAAGAAGAGAAAGAUCUAUUUUAACUUAUAGGUAAUUGGAGGAAAUGACAGAGGCUAGCCUGGUCAGGAAGUAUUGAUCAAAAUUUUUUUUCCCCCUUUGAAUUUCAUUUUAUUUUAUUUUUAUUUCCAAAGAAGAUAAAUGUUAAUUAAUUUGUUAAUUUUAGGGUUUGUAAGUAGAGACAUUGGUAGUUGCUGCUUUGUGUUUGUUAUGUUAAUAAGAUCACAUUUUAGUUGUUUGUAAUGAGAAUUUUUGUAGGGGGGGUUGACCUAAUCAGCUCCCACGUUCACCAUA